GCACCUUCAAGAGCAAGGCUCCCAAACCCGGACAGAAGGGCUUCGGAGACGACAUCCCAGGAAUGGAGGGUCUCGGCACAGACAUCACUGUGAUCUGCCCGUGGGAAGCGUUUGGAGACAUGGAGCUCAGCGAUCUGGCCAAAUAUGGCAUUCUGUAAAUGAUGUUAAAUCUACAGUAAAAUCAGCAGCUCAGAGGAUCAUUUAUUCAUCACACACACACCGACGGCGGCAGCAGGCGCUCUCAGGCCAACACACACAGAGAAACGGAUGGACUGAAUGGAUAUACGGAGCAGUGUUCCUCAGGGAGGAGCUGCUGUUCUUCAGCUGGAGCUCCAGAUUGGGUUUAAUCCCUCUCCUAUUGCCUGCAGCACAGCAGAGAAAUAAUGUGAUCAAAUCUGCUUUAUUUUCUUGAACUGUGCAUGAGAUUGUGUUUGUGCCUGAUUGAUUUGACAUAGAGCACACAAAAAUAAAGAUUUAUUUUCCCAUAAG